AGACACUACUGGCCGCGCGCCCCGCCCGGCGUUUGCCAUUGUUUAUUUCAUUUCAAGUGCAGGUGCAUACGCACUUUGUUGUUGCAGGCGGUCGCAAAGACGGCAUUUGCUGGAGACGGACAGCCAAAAAGACAGACAGACAGACGGGGCGAAAAAGGGUCAAGACGGGAGACGCGCCACGUGACGCGGCAUGGGCGUGGGCAUGGGCGAAAAAAAAAAAGAAGCUGGAACGCAAACGAUGGGACCACAUGGGCGGGCGGCGUUGGAGUCGGAAGCUGGCGUGCAAGGGGAUGUUUCUGUCUCUUCUCUCACUCCCCUGGUGGGGUCUAACCACGUAGCUUAUUUUUCGCCCUGUCGUCGGCGCGCCCCGUCAUCGUCGGGGACGAGACACACUCUUUUUAUUAUGGUACUUGGUAGUUGGCCCAUACAGAUUAUUAACUUACCUUAGUAGGUGGCCCUUGGAGAUGCUCCGAGCACCCAAGCCUCGUCCACUCACUCCACUGAAGCCCCUCCCCCCCCUUCACGCGCCAAGGUUGUUGCUGAGCUGUACAAACCACCACCACCAGCAGGACAACCACUGACGCCAGCACUCGAAUCGAGGUCGACGCCGCGCUGUCCAGUCAGUACUUGCCCGCACCGGGAGACCACGAGGGACAAGUAAAAAUAAAAAAUCCGGUUGACGUGCACUGCACUGCACAAUUGGCAAAGCUUCUGUUGUCAGCGUGCCGCGCCGCCCCUCGGAGCAUCCAGAUCCAGACCCCCAGACUGCACCCUACCUGCGAGAAAAAAACAAGGGCGGCGCCCGUUCAGCUGCCUUGCCUUGCCUUGCCUGCCGUUCGACCGUCGAGUCCCGAACCCCGAUACUACUGCUACGGCUACUACCUUGCUGCCACCGUCGUCAUUGUGCCCUGGGCCGCCCCGCGGGUCUGUCUGUCUGUCUGUCUUGUCUGGCUGGCGCUGGCUGGCAUUGCAUUUGCCCGGGACUCCCCCGCCAUCUCGCAUAGCCCGUGACAGUUCAUCGUGCAUUGAUUGCCCUGCCGUUCGACACACAGCCGCAACCUACUAAUCUACUACCUACGAUACGUACUUCCUUGAACACGCCCUACCCGCGGUUCGUGACCGUCACCGCCGGCCUCUGCAUCGGAUAGCAAUCGCCGAGACUACACCGCCGCCCCGAGACGGAGCAUCCAUCGGGCAGUCGGACCGCAACUCUUACGGACCAGGUUCCCCGGCCGAACGCACGCCUUCACACCCGUCAACUCGGCUGUGGCACGCGCCGUCCGCCCCGGGCCGCCUCGCCUCGCCUCGCCUCGCCUCACCGACAAUCGACAGUCGACCGCCCCCGACGCUCGGCAUAGCCAUCCGCUCGCGACGCGUAUGGAUCCCUUGUAGAUGACGACGACGACGAUACGCUCAACUCACAAAAACCUCUUGGAAAAAUCUACGCCCGCUGCGUGCUGACAGCGCGCCCACGGCGCAACACGCAGAAAUGAGUGGUGAUGAGGACGCCGGCUCCCAGAACGGGGCCGAGAUACAUCCCGGCUUCGCGCCGUUCGUGACCGUCGUUGGCUUUCACCAUGCCCGCGGCCCAGAGGUUGAGACGUGGUUCGGUGCCGACGAGGGCACCGACCCUGCCGUCGACUUUGGCUGGUCUCUGCUUCCCUUCAUGGCCCUAAGUGACGGUGCACACGCGUCCGAGGAAGACUUUUCGUACUUUACGUUGCUGAGGCCCAAGACAGACACGGAGCCGGCCACUUCGCUCUUCGGCAUUUCCUGCACGCGGCAGCUCGACUCGACCCAGCUCAUCGACCGACCCGCCGAUGUGACCCGCUCGACCGUGCAAAAGGCCGUCGUCGUCAUCGCCGACAGCCCGCAGUUCUUCGGCAUGCUGCGGGAACGUCUCAGCAUCGUCACCCAGGCUUGGUUCGCCCAGAGGGACUUUACCGACGUGGAGAUCCUGCGCAGGUUCCAGGAGAGCCUUGCCGAAGAAAAGCUUAGGGGCGUCAUGCAGCAGGAAGCCGACCGCGAUCAGUACCUGGGCAUGAGCCUGCGUGAGCUUAUCCACGAGUUCAAGUGGCAGACGCUGGUCUUGUUCAAGUGCUGCCUGCUUCAACCAAAGAUGCUCUUUUUUGGAUCGCGGUGUGACAGGUUGUGCAUGGUCCAAUAUUCUCUUAUUUCCUUGAUACCCGGACUGUUGCGCAACCUGCAAGACUGCGCGGAACCUGAGCUGAACAACUACGAGCAGAAGCUGUCUCGAUCCACGAGCCUCCAGAGCAGCAACCGCAGUUCCCUCCUAUCAUUCAUGGGCCUCCCUCUGCAGAUUUUCGGCAAGGGAAGCUUCUUUGGCCCAUACACGCCUCUCCAGCAACUCGACAUCCUCGCCGACUUUGGCACCAAGUCAUACCUUGUCGGCAGCACCAAUUCACUCCUCCUGCAGCAAAAAGACCGAUACAGUGAUAUCCUGAUUAAUCUCGAUGAGGACUCUAUAAAUAUCACGUCCCCGUCCCUCAAGUCGGCACUGGCCCUGACCGCGGCUGAUCGGCGAUGGAUCGACUACCUGACGCAGGAGGUCAACGAGACGUGGGACGAGGCGAACCCGAGCAGGCCCAAGACGAUGCAGUACAUUGGGAGCGAGGAAUUCAUCCGAUCGCAGUUUGAGGCGUACAUCCUGGGCCUCAUCUCCUCAGUCAAGUUCCACAACUUCCUGACGGCCAACAACACCGAGGGCUCCAAGGGCGGCGGCGGGUUCGGCGCCGCCGAGGACCCCGCCGUGGACUUUGGCCUCGACUGGCUCGAGGCCUGGAUGCGCACGGAAAACUACCGCAUGUGGGACGCGCACACCGACGCGAACCUGUUCGCCGUCUCGGAGCCAAAGCACCCCUGCGCCGGCGGCCUGACCAUCGACGACGUCCAGCGCCGCAUCGCCGAGCAGGUCAAGGAGCUGCACCUCGACGAGCGGUUCGCCCAGGGCCGCGAGAUCCUGGGCCGCAACCUCGCCGUCGGACGCGAAAAGGCCUCCACCAUGUUCAACAAGCUGUACUCGGACGUCGAGUACCUGCGCGAGUCGCAGCGCCGCCGCGCCGACGAGGCCAGGGGGGCCGCCGCCGCCUCCUCCUCCUCCUCCCCGUCCGAGAAGCAGCAGCAGCAGGGGCAGAUGGUCGACCUGUCCUCCAAGGCGCAGCAGACGGUGCAGUCGGCAGGCGCAAAGGCCAGCGCCUACAUGUCCAGCUGGGCCGCCUGGGCGGGCGAGAAGCGCAAGACGGGCGGCUGGGGCGGCAGCUGGGGCAAGAAGUCCCCCUCGCCCUUCAAGGCGCGCGCAGCGGCACCGGCAACGUCAGCAUCACCAGCGGCGUCACCAGCGGCGACAGCAGCAGCAGCAGCCAGCCCCACCCCCAUCGACAAGGACUACCAGAUAGUCAGCCCGCGCUGGUCGCGCGAAGCCUCCUCGACAGACGAACGGUCUGGGCACCGCCCGCCCACGCACGCCAGCUUCAGCGAGAGCAUCCUCUCCGGGCCAGCAGGCAGUAGCGACGCCCCCGACCGGCCUGGCUCCGGAGGCUCCUCCUCUUCUUCCUCCGCCUCCGCCUCCGCCUUCCCUUCAUCCGAAGCAGCAGCAGCGACCACGACAGGGGACGGGCCUUUGGACUCUGCAAAGAACGUGGAGCAAGCACCCAAAGACGACGGCUUCCAAAAGGAGGAAUUGACAGGCGCGUCAAGGAAUCGCCAGGUCGAAAACGGCAAAACCACCAAGACGGCCCCACUGGAGCAGGAGGAGGAGGUGGAACAGGGCGGCGGAACAGUCAACACCGAGGCAAAGGCACAGCAAUAAUAAUAGAUCGCGCGCACUGCAUCGCUUGGGUUUUCUUGGAUGAGAGGGAAAGGGGGCUGGGCAAGGGCGUAAGAGGCGUCCAGGCUCCAAUGGUACAUCAGACACGUAUAUAUGCUAGGCAGCAUACCCCGAACCGCAUUCGAAACCACAAUACUCAUAGCCAGGACUGUUUUAUUUUUCUCGAUUGUGG